AUGAUGGGGAAGGUUCCCUCGUUCUCCCCUGGCUCCACAGUGAGCUCCGCUCUGCCCGGCUACGUCGCUCUCUGCCUCGCUCUACAGGUUCACAGGCUGGCGUCAGGACAGUUCACAGUGACUGGACCUGACCAUCCAAUCACUGCCUCCCUAGCUGGAGAGGCCGUCCUGCCCUGCCACCUCUCCCCCAAGAUGAGCGCUGAGAACAUGGAGGUGAGAUGGUUCCGAUCCGAGUUCUCUGCAAUCGUGCACCUGUACCGUGAUGGGCAGGAUCAGUACGGACAGCAGAUGCCAGAAUAUCGAGGAAGAACUGAGCUCUGGAAAGACGACAUCACCAAUGGGAGAGUUUCCCUGAGAAUACGCGAUAUCCAACUGUCAGACGGUGGGCAGUAUAAGUGUUUUUUUAAAUCGAGUGUCUCUUAUGAAGAAGCUUUAUUGGAACUGCAGGUGGCAGGUUUGGGGUCUGCUCCUGUCAUCUCUGUGGAGGGACAUCAGGAUGGAGGGAUCCGGGUUGUGUGUCGAUCAGCCGGAUGGUACCCACAGCCCAAGGCUCAGUGGAGAGAUCUCCAGGGGCAGCUCUUACCAUCAGCCUCUGAAAGCAUAUCCCAAGAGUCCAAUGGCCUGUUUCAAGCAGAGAUUGCCAUUGUUAUAACAGAAGAAUCCAACCAGAAAGUGUCCUGCUGUGUCAGGAACCCCCAUCUCAACCAGGAGAGAGAGUCAGCAAUUUCCAUAGCAGAGCUGUUUUUCCCACAAGUCAAUCCCUGGAUGGUGGCUCUGGGUGUGAUCCUGGCUGUUCUCCUUCCCCUGGCCGGUUACUGCUUCUGGAGGCAACACAGAGCAAAAGAUACCCUACGACCUGCUAUGGAGAGCAGGAGAGAGAUCCUGCGAUCUGAGAUGGAGAGACAGAAAGAGGCUCUGCAAUCUGAGAUGAAGAGACAGAAAGGACUCACCAGAGCCCGACGAUAUGCAGUGGAUGUGACUCUGGAUCCAGACACGGCAAAUCCCAAACUCGUCCUGUCUGAGGAUCAGAAACGUGUAAGACGCGGAGACACAUGCCAGGAUCUGCCCGACAAUCCAGAGAGAUUUGAUCAUUGUUACUGUGUCCUGGGUGCUCAGGGGUUCACAGGUGGGAGGCAUUACUGGGAGGUGGAGGUGGGACACAAGAUGAGAUGGGACCUGGGGGUUUGUAGGGAAUCUGUGAGCAGGAAGGGGCCGGUCACAUACACACCUAGGAAUGGAUACUGGGUCGUGUGGCUGAGGGGUGGGGAAUACGCAGCCAGCACCUACCCCCGGACCCCGCUCCCCGUGAGCAUCAGGCCCAACCGGGUGGGGAUUUUCCUGGACUAUGAGGUGGGUGAGGUCUCGUUUUACAAUGUGACUGACAGGUCCCAUCUCUUCACUUUCACUGAAACCUUCUCCGGGACGCUCCGUCCUUAUUUCCAUCCCUGCCGCUCGGGUAAAAACGUGGCUCCCCUGAUAAUCUGCCCAGUCCCAGUUGAGGCCGGAGGGAAUCUCUGUCCCUGACAGUGACACCCGCG